CCGGCAUAAAAAGACUUUCAACUUGAUAAAAAUUAUCAGCUGGAGUCAAAAUGGCAAGCUUACGACGAAUUGUUGUUUCUCCUCUGAUGCAAGUUGUUCGAACUUUCUUAAUCAUAUUUAACAUUUUGUUCUGGAUAAGCGGUUUUUGCUUGUUUGUCAUUGGCAUUUGGGCAACAGCACAACUUAAUAAAUAUGAAGAAAUACCUCGACCAAAUCAUUACGAUGGCGUAGCUAUUGUCCUUAUCAUUAUUGGUCUUUUAAUGGCAAUCAUUGGAUUAUGUGGUUGCUGGGGAGCUUUGAAAAAGAAUGUUUUUUUACUUAAAAUAUACUCAUGUUUUCUUGGAGUGGUAAUAAUCUGUGAAAUCAAUGUGGCCAGUGCAGGGUAUGCAUACCGUUCCAAGAUAAAAAGAGCACUAUCCAGUGGCCUUAACAAAACAAUGAAAGCAUACAAGAAUGAAAUCAUAUUUAGAGGAGCAUGGAAUGAAAUGCAAGAAAAACUUCACUGCUGUGGCAAUAGAAAUUAUUCUGAUUGGUUCAAAGUUGAGUGGAAUGAAGUGGUUACACCAAAAAAUCGAACCGUACCAAUAAGUUGUUGCAAGGAUAUAACAAACGGUUGCAACAAUGUAGCGAAUAUAAAGAACGAUACAUUGGUGAAUAGAUACAUUUAUACCGUGGGUUGUCAUGGCGUAAUCACUGACUUUUUCCGCCAAAAGUUUCUUGCCGUCGCUUGUUCUGCAUUAGUGAUUGCUUUAACUCAGAUAUUUGCGAUUGCUGGUGCGAUAUGUUUCUACAAUCACGUAAAGAAAAAAUCUAAUUAUGAACAUAUGUGAAAUGAUCCAUUAAUUGAUACAACGAACAUAGUUUGUAUAUCGUAUUACAUUACGUUUAAUUACAUACAAUUAAUGAAUACAUAAUUAUAUAUUAUGCUGUAAUUGUUACACAAGCAAUACAUGCGUUCACCUUCU